UUUGGAAGAUCCGAAAGGACCGUGGCAAGGGGGUAGGGUUCCGAUUUCUCUCUCUCUUCUACAGUCUAGUCGAGCAGAAGUUGGGAGAGCGAACAUGCAGGCGGCGAAGACUACGAUUCGUCUUCUCAGAUCCACUCGUUCUCUGGCGAUGUUGGAAAACUACCCAUUAGGCUCGAGGGCUUUCGCACAGUCGGCAUUGUCCUCCGCUUCCACUUCCAUCGACAAACAGGAUAUAACUGAUCGAGUCCUCGAUCUUCUAAGAUCCUCACCAUUUAUUGAUCCUGCCAAGGUGAGCUCCGCUGCAGAUUUUAAGAGGGAUUUAGAGUUGGAUAUCCUUGACAGUGUCCAAGUUAUGGCAGCAGCAGAAGAGGAAUUUGCUAUCGAAAUCCCCAACAGUGAAGCUGACAAGUUCACAAACACCUCUCAACUUAUUGAAUACAUAGUAACUCAUCCACAAGCCAAAUGAAGCUGCUUAUAGUUAUUCGAUUUUGUGAUAUCCUUCAAGUUUGAAACUCGCAGGUUUGUAAUAAAGAUUUCAGAACUCGGUUAUUUUCCUUUUGAGUGCUUUUGUGCA